UAUGUAUACUCAUAGUCGAAGAUUUUUACUGAAAUCCCUCAUGUUAUUUUUGGUUACCGUUGGGAUAACCAUUUUAGGAGUGCAGUUAUUAAGAAUGUGGAGAUUUCGAAAGUUUAUAUAUAUGACUGAGAAGCAAGUAGACGCAAAAUCGGGUAUGACAGAAAGAGACAGACUCGUGUUAGAAUUCUACAAAAGAAAUAAAAACAAUGAGGAAAUGAAAAGUCUUCCUGACAUCAUCGGAAUAGGCGCUGAAAAAUGCGGAACCGGGUGGUUGCAGUUUGCGUUACAACACCAUCCAAUGAUAAAGGUUGGCUUGAACGAAGUUCAUUUUUUCAAUAAUGGGGAUUAUUUCAAAGGAAUGAAAUUUUAUCGAAGUAAAUUGCCUAAUACUACAAAAAAUGAGUUAUGCAUGGAAAAGACUCCAGGUUAUUUUAAUUUUGGAGCACCAGAGACGCCAGCAAGAAUAAAAUCUCAGUUGCCAAAUGUUAAAUUGUGGCUCGUGUUAUGCAAUCCUACACUGCGAACGUUUUCAGAUUUUGUUCAUGAGACGGCGCUGGGAAGUAUAAAGUUUCGGGGGAGCUUUGAUAAUUAUGUCAAUAAGUUUGUUCGGGAAGCGAGAAUAAAAUUCUCAAAAACUGAUGAGGACAACUUUGAAACAAUUUCAGAUGCUUGGCAUAGGCGUAUGGGAGAUUCUCAUAUUCUGACCAGAGGAAUUUACUACCAUUCGUUGAAAAGGUGGUUGAGGUAUUUUUCAUCAGACCAAUUGUUUGUAGUGAGUGGAGAAGAACUUCAAUAUAAUUCUGGAGCCGUGGUAGAGAAGCUUCAAGAUUUUCUAGGAAUUCCAAGGAUGAUUCUGCCCGAAGAUUUCGUGAAAAAUCCAGAUACUGGUUUAUAUUGCAUCAGACCUACCGUUGUGGCUGACUCAAAAGUCAAGUACGCUCCGAUGAAUUGUUAUACUGCGACAGCGCAUGGGAGGGCGAAAGGAAGAACUCGAUCAAAUUCUACCUCAUUCGUACCGAAUCCGAACUCACUAAAAAUUUUGGACACAUUCUUCAAGCCUUACAAUGAUAUGUUAUUUGAAUUUAUUGGAAGAAAAUUGUGGUAGAUUAUUAUGUAUUUGGCACAGUUCUAUUGCAUUAUAACUUCGAUAACAGACGGUGGCAAACCGACAAACAAAGUUGAUCGGCUGUAUAUAUGUACAUCUUCGAAUGGUGUAUAAUGCAUGGCUGGCUAUAUAUGUAUGUAUACAUAUCCCAUUGAUGAUGGGGUAUGCAUAUUUUAUAUAUCUUUAUUUAUGCAAAUGUGUUGGCUGUCGAAUCAUAUCAGGUUCAACCCUACUCGCAAACAUUGAGAGAGAGAGAGAAUGAAUAAUACUCAGUUGCUUUUAAUAUUUCCUACAACAAUCAAUCAAUUUUUACACACUUGGCCACAUCAAAUUUUUAAUUCAAUAUUGCUUUUGAUAAACAUAUCUGCAAAAAGAAGCCCGAUUACGUCCUCCAUUGAUACCUUCCAAUAUGUCGUGUCAAAUAUGUUAUCAAAUACUUGUUUUGCGGCAUUGCUAGGAAUUAAUAUAUGAAAAUGGGAGUAACAUGAUUACGUUUGCUCCAUUUGAUUCUCACGCCUGCUUCACUUCUGCUGCGAAAAGCUUAUUGCUUGAACUAUUGGUGUAUUGUUGGGAAUUGCUAUGUAAGCCCUUUUAUUGACUUACACGUUUGUAUCCUAUUCUCGUUCGAAUUCCGACUUCUUCUGCACUCGUUUCAUUCAGACUAAUUCAUGAUAUAUCUGAGGAUUGUUUGUUUGAUACUAUUGGAAAUUGAGCGUAAUAAUUUCCAGCAAUAAAAUCGCAAAUUCAAUUUAUGCAGUUACAG